CUGAGAACGCUACGGUGAACAAUAGUGGAGGCUAGCGGUAGUGUGUAGUCGGCGUGCUUGUGUUUUCGCCAGCUUCUUCCGAAGGUGAAGCAGGGGGCGAUGAUGCCAGUUCACUAAGCGAUCGUAUUUGCACGCUAUUUCCUAACGAAAGCUUCCAGUUCAGGCGUAUCGCCAAAAACGAUAGGAUCGAGGACCGCUACAGCUAUAUACUACAAGACAAGAGCGCCAACGUCGAACAGCGCAAGCUAUGGCGUUCUCCUUGGCCGGUCGCUUAAGCCUGGCGUCGACUGCGGCCGCAGUACUUCGGUCGCGCGUGCGUCUCCUCUGCACCGCGCCGAUCGCCGACAAGAUCUCCAAGCUCGUCAGUCAGGACAAGGUCGUCGUUUUCAUGAAGGGCGUCCCUGAACAGCCCCGAUGCGGCUUCAGCAACGCCGUGGUUCAAGUGCUUCGCAUGCACGGCGUCGACUACAGCUCGCACGACGUGCUCCAAGACGAGGAACUUCGUCAAGGCAUCAAGGACUUCAGCAACUGGCCUACAAUACCGCAGGUGUACAUCAACGGUCAGUUUGUGGGCGGCUGCGACAUCCUGCUACAGAUGCACCAGAGCGGCGAGCUGGUCGGCGAACUGGCCAAAGUGGGCAUCAAGUCGCUCCUCAUCGACUCCGUGUCGUCGUCCGACGAAGCGGCCGGCGAAAAACAGGAGAAACGGUAACGGAACGGUGUGUUCGGUAGAUUAGCGGGAGACCCUUUCGGCGACGUUUCGUGUACACGGGUUGGGCAGUGAACACAGACUCUAGAUAUCGCCUUAUCAGAAACCUCGUGCCCCGACCUGCGGUCUGCCAGGGUGAAGUGAAAGCUCUUUUGUGCUCGGGUUGGCAGUUGCUGAGGGGCCGCGCAUCCCGUUAACCAAAGCGAAGAGUUUCGGCCGUGCGAUGUUUACAGCAUCGUCUUGCGAAAAAGAGGCUUUCUAACCAAAGCGAAGAGUUUCGGCCGUGCGAUGUUUACAGCAUCGUCUUGCGAACAAGAGGCUUUCUGCUCUGGGACCAACGAGAGACAGUCGGUUGUGGCGCGAAUCGAACAUCAACCGCUAGAGAAGCCCGUUGUAGUUCCUCUUCCGGGGCUACGUGACUGCCGGUGUCGCGGUUAUGGCGGCGUACCGCCCCCUCCUCCUUUUUUUUUUUUAUCCCCUCCAUCUUUUUUUUUUCUUCUCUUUCCCCCUUGUUCUCCCUCCUGCCGUCUGUUGUGUGCAUUGCGUCUCGCGUUGAUAUAUGAUGUAAAGUAAAACGGCUAGUGUGUUUUGUAGUUUCUUCUUUUUUUUUUCGUCGAAGCUACUGGUUUCAAGCGCACAAGUUUUGUGAUUUACCGGCUAUUGGAGCUCCUUAUUUUAGCUGCUAUGCAAUAAAUUUUUUUUCUUUCCACCUG